AUGGCAAGCUACCCUGCCCACACCGACAUUGUGGUGGAAGACCACGGCGGCGGCUUUGACACGCCGGCCGAGGAGCGCGACCACGAGAAGCUGGGUGUCGACCACAUUGAGAACGAGAAAGUCUCGCACAACAGUUCGCUCGAGGAUGUGCGUGCCCGAGUGCUCGAGUACUACGGCCGCUCUGGCGGCGACGGCGGCGACGCCGAGCCGGCAAAAGACAUUGACUUUAUCUUUGAGAAGGUCAUCGAGAUGACCGACGAGCGCGCCGUCGAGAUUCUGCGCUCGACCAUCAAGUACCACACUGGCGAUCCCAACUUCCUCAUCACGACCCUCGAGCACCUUAAGAGGCUUGUCGACGGCCCGCAGGCGGCCGAGCUCUCCCAGGCCGACUGGAGCCUCGAGGUCCGCGCCGAGGCCGCAGCCAUCUACUACCACUCGCCGUACCCCGAGGUCCGCUCCGUCACGGACCCGUUCGAUGACCCGACCGUCCCGUGCGAGACGCUCCGCGCAUACUUCCUCGGCCUGGUCUUCAUGUGCGGCGCGACGUCGCUCAACACUUGUGAGUGUGCACGCGACCCGGAAAACCAACUCACCACCGCAGUCUUCUCGCCCCGCCAGCCGUCCAUCAGCAUCGGCUCCAACGUCCUCCAGCUUAUCCUCGCCCCCACCGGCCAGAUCAUGGCCCGUAUCCUGCCCGACUGGGGCUUCACCUUCCGCGGAAAGCGUCACUCGCUCAACCCCGGCCCAUGGACCUUCAAGGAGCAAAUGCUCGCAACCAUCAUGUUCUCGGUCGCCAACGGCCCCGGCGCUACAUACUAUGUUUAUCUGGUCCAGCUGCUGCCCCAGUACCUCAACCAGACCUGGGUAUCGUAUGGUUACGAAAUCCUGCUUGCCCUCGCGACCCAGUGCUUUGGCUUCGGUUUCGCCGGCCUCCUCCGUCGUUUCGUGAUUUACCCUCCUUCCGCCCUCUGGCCACAGGUUCUCCCGACCCUUGCCCUUAACCGGGUCCUUGUGAAGAAGGAGAAGCAGGGAGAGGUCGUGCAUGGAUGGAGACUUACGCGAUACAAGUUCUUUUUGAUCGCUUUUGCCCUCAUGUUCUGCUACUUUUGGAUUCCUAAUCUAUUGUUUACGGCCUUGAGAUCGUUCAACUGGAUGACCUGGAUUGCCCCGCACAACUUCAACCUCGGUAUGAUUACUGGCUUCUACGGAGGCAUGGGCUACAACCCGUGGGCUACGUUUGACUGGAACGUGUCGGGCACAGGCGCGCUGGUCACUCCCUUCUUCUCCCAGGCGCAGCAGUACAUCGCCCGUGUUCUCUCCGGCCUGAUUAUCAUCGGCAUGUACUACAACAACUACGUCUGGAGCGCCUACACCCCUAUCAACAGUGCCGAGGCGUUUGCGAACAACGGCAAGGUGUACAACGUCACCAAGGUCAUGGGCGACCAGGGCAAGAUCGACGUUGAAAAGUACAAGGAGUAUGGCCCGCCCUACUUCUCCGGUGCCAACGUGUUCGGCCAGGGCGCCUGGUUCGCAUGGUACCCCAUGACCCUGUUCUACUACUCUAUCCGUCACUGGAACUCGCUCCGCCGCGGCUUCCAGGAGCUCUGGUGGUCGAUCAAGUCGCGUGGCAGCCGCUCCAUCUACGAGGGCCAGGAGGACGACGCGCAGACACGCAUGAUGAAGUCGUACCCCGAGGUUCCUGAGUGGUGGUUCAUGAUCAUCCUCCUCGUGUCCUUUGCCUUUGGUGUUGCUGCCGUCGCCGCCUUCCCGACCUACACUCCUUGGUGGUCGAUCCUCAUUGUUAUCGCCAUGAGCGCCGUGUUCCUCAUCCCCUCGACUAUCAUGCGCGCCGUGGCCAACGUCGGUAUGGGCUUCAACGUCCUCUUCCAGCUGCUUGCUGGUGUCUGGUGGGCGGGUAACCCCCUUGCUCAGAUCGUUGUCACGGCUUUCGGCGAGACCUUCAACACCCAGGCGGACAACCUUGUCUCCGACCUCAAGCUCGCCCACUACGCCAAGCUGCCCCCUCGUGCGGUCUUCCGUGCCCAGCUCACUGCUGUCCUGAUCAACUGCUUCAUCUUCGUCUCGCUCCUCAACUGGAUGGUCACGUCGUUCAACGACGGUACCCUCUGCACCUGGGGCAACAAGGCCCACUUCGUCUGCACCAACGCCGUCCUCACGUACGCCUCGGCUGUCGUGUACGGCGCCUUCGGUGUCAAGAACAUGUUCAAGCUGUACCCCAUUCUUCCUUGGACGUUCCUCAUGGGCGCCGUCGUCGGCAUCUCUGUCGCCGUUGCCCAGAAGUGGGGCCCUCAGAUCACCGCCUGGAUCCAGAAGCGUGUCCCCGCCAGCUUCCACAAGGUCCUUGACACGGUUCUAUACCGUCCCAUCGCCACGCUCCACUGGUUCGACCCUCCCGUCUUCUGGAGCGGCGCACUCCACUGGACCAACGGCUCCAACCUGUCGUACGCCACCAACGCCCUCUACAUCUCCUUCAUCUUCAUGUACUACAUCAAGCGCCGUUACUCGGCCUGGUGGGAGAAGUACAACUACAUUCUCGAGGCUGGCUUUGACGUUGGCGUGGCGGUGAGCGGCAUCAUCAUGACCCUCGUGUUCAACUUUGCGGUCCGCAACGUCAACAUCAAGUGGUGGGGCAACACUGUGGCGACGGCCGGCGUCGACUUCCAGAGCUACAACCAGAACGCCAGUCUGCUCCCCAUCCCCGAGUCGGGCUACUUCGGCCUCAGCCCGUCAGAGUUCCCCUUGGACUGGUAG